AUGUUCUGUCUGCGCUUUUUCAUCUUCCACCUCUUCGAGAGCCCCAAAUACCUACUGUCGCGAGGCCGGCAGUCAGAGGCCGUGGCAGUUGUGCACGGCCUCGCAUUCCGCAACGGAGCAAAGACCUGGCUCUCAGAAGCCGUCCUUGAUGCGGUGGUCGAUAGUGAUGACGGCGGCGACGAGCUCGCGCGCCGUCGGGGCCACGCCGCAGUGUCGGCGCUGUCCACCAAGGGCGUCAUCAAGGCCAAGCUGGACGAGUUCUCGGGCGCACGCAUCCGCCCGCUCUUCAGCAGCCGCAAACUGGGCCUCGCGACCGCCCUGGUCUGGUUCACCUGGGCCACGAUCGGCAUGGGCUAUCCGCUCUUCAACGCCUUCCUCCCCCAAUACCUGUCUCACUCGGCCGGCGGCGGCGACCCUUCGUCGUCAUCGUCAACACCACCCCGUGAGCCCGACCCUACGGACCCCACCAACAUCUCGGCCGAGACGUACCGCAAUUAUGCCAUCCUGAGCGUCGUCGGAGUGCCGGGCAGCAUCCUGGCAUACUUCACCGUCGACAGCCGGUCGGCCUUCCUCGGCAGGAGGGGCACGCUGGCGAUAUCGACGUUUAUCUCCGCGAGCUUCCUGUUCUUGUUCGUUAGAUACGGCACGACGUCUGCCUCGCAGCUGGCCUUCAGCUGUGUCGAAGCUUUCAGCCAGAAUAUCAUGUACGGCGUGCUAUACGCAUUCACGCCCGAGAUAUUGUGA